GCAUACACCAUCCCUUUAGCGAUGCUAGUGGUUUCAAUUCGCCGUAUUCCCCUACACAAUCCCUACACACACCCUCAGUAUGCCAAUCCAUUUAGGAGCACCCGUGAGAUUGAGACAGUGAAAAGAGAGAGCACGUAUGAAAGGUGGAGCUGCCUGGGUGUGGUAUAGAGAUUAUUUGAGUUACAUUUUGGGGUAAAUUGAGUGGGGUGUAGACUGGUUCACACUCACGAUGAAGGGUGGAGUUGCAUAUGGAAGAUUUGAACGAUGGAUUAGGAAAUCCGAGGGUUAGGGGUGAGAUUGUGUUGGAUUGAGUUGUUCUAUUAUUUGGCAUAGAAAUCCAUCAAAAUCUUUUAAAAUUCAUAAAAUAGAUAGUUAGUGAAAUCCAUAAAAUGUUUGAGGAUACCUGGAUUUUUAAAGACUCCAUGAAAAUCCAAAUUGAGGAUAACCAGAUUUUAAUGGAAAUCUAAACUCUAUUAAAAUCCAUCAGAAUACGUGUUGGGGACACCCCCUUCAUCUUUUUAAUUGAGCUCUAUAAAAAGACGGAAACCCUUCUUGCGAUUUUGUUCGUCUGGCGUCUCGGCUCAUCUCUGCCAGACUGCCACCUUUACUCAGCGGUUCAGACCGCCCUAAGAUUCCGAGCACAUCCACCAUCGUUCUCUUGCGAGAAAACUCACAUCAGCUCUCCAGAGAGGUCACUAACUGGGUGUAAAUGAAGCCCAACAGCAAAGCUCUUCUAGACUUGGAGAGGAAUGCCUCAUCUUUGGAGUCGAAACUUGUUUUUCGCAAUGGAUAUGAAAACUUCAAGUCCCAAAGAGCCAAAAUCAGCCCCUCUGAGAAGACAUCCCCAAUCCCCCCUAUUCAUCAAAGCCAAUUUCUAGGUAAAGUAAAAGAUUUCUUGGGGGUAAUAUCGGAAGCAAACAAAAAGCUGGAGGUUGAUGCAAAAAACAACCCAGAGAACUAUGAUAUAGAAGCUCUAACUGGGGAAGAAUCUCAGUUUAUUGAGAUGGAUUUGAUGCUUGGUGUGGCAGAGUUACAGAGUAAGGAAGCCAUAGCUGCUGCUGAGUCUGCCAUAGCCGGUAAUCAACCUGUGAUGAUUCCUCAUGAAUCCACUAGUAGUGAUGAUGAUGAUGAUGAUUCAAGUGAUGAUGAUUUGGAAUGUGAAAGUGAAGAACAUUUUCCAGAUAACGGGAGAACUGGAAAGCCUACUGAGGAAUAUUCUGCAAGUAAACCUUCAAGAAAUGAGAAGCAUUCAAGAAAGAGAUCGAAAAUUGUUGAGCUUUCUUGAGACCUAGACUGUUUGAGGCUUUGAAAUACAAGAUAAUGAUGGAGAUUGUAUUCCUCUUUUGGGGCAAUGCAUCUAUUCUGAUGUCAAUCCAAAAUCUUCCAAAAUCUGAUCUAUUAUGCAUAUAUUCUGAUGUCAAUCAAAGUUAUCUCUAAGAAUCGCAUAGUCUAAUACGAAGUAAUUAAGAUGCAACAUUUUUGUUUUGUUUUUAGAUUUGUAUUACCAAGAUGU